CAUUAGUCCACUAUCGAGUAUCGACUACAGAAUUAACUCACCUUUCGUGACCUUUUUGCCACCCUUUUCUCCCACUACCACUUACCCUAAUCAACCUCUCCUCCGCCGUCCAUCUUUUCCGGCCACCCAUCGCCGAUGAAAACCAAUCGGACCAUCCCUUUCUCACCCCCUCUUUAUUUCCUCCCCGCUUUUUUCACCGGCGGUAACCACACCUCCUCUCGCUUCUCCUCCCGUUAAUCCACACACUAAAACUCACACAUAUAUAGAUACACAUAUACUUACACGUACAAAUCAAAUGGGUCAUGUUGGAUACACGACAGGAACAAAACCCAACUAUGUCCGAACAACACUUACUCGAAUCUUCCUAUUCUGUCUGAUUUUCAUCGCCUUAAGAUUCGCUUACUUCUGUUUCAUCGCCACCGUCGAUUCAUCCUCCUCUUCAAUCUCCACCGUCCAUUCAUCUCCGCCCUCGAAACCCAAACAUUCCGAUCAAGCCAUCAAAUUCUACACUACCCUUUUCAAGGAUCUCAUUUCCGACGGCUAUCUUUGGAGAAAUUCGAAGUCCUUGUGUCUCGAUACGCCUGCCGGAGAUGAUGUGUUGGCGUUGAAGAACAUUGGAGUGUGGAAUUCUGUUGGGGUCUUCAAGAAAUCUUGGAAACCGUUGGUGAUCUCAGGUCAGGGUGUUAAUCAGCCUUUUAAGAGUGAUAGUUUUGAUUUUAUUUUUGCGGGAAUUAAUACGCUUGAUUUGUCGAAGAAUCAGUCAUUGUUUGCUAAUGAAGUUGGUAGGACUCUUAAGCCCGAAGGGUAUUUUGUUUUGCUCACAUUUUCGAUUGACACGUAUAGUUUUAAUUCGUUUAUUGAAUUGUUUGAUUGUUGUACAUUUAUGCGAUCACGGCAAGUUAGGGGAUUUGGGGGGUUAGGAUAUGUUCGUGAGAUUGUUAUGAAGAAGGAGAGUGAUUUUGAGAGGAGGGAGUUGAUUAGGGAAUCUGUUGGGAGGGUUUCGGAGGAUAAUGUGUGUGCUGUUCCGGGGUACAAGAAAGAGACAGUUAGGAAGGCAGAGCCUUUGAUUAUGGAGGAACCGUUGAAACCGUGGAUUACGUUGAAGAAGAAUAUUAUGAAAGUGAAGUAUCUUCCGUCUGUGGCUGAUAUUAAUUUUAAGAGGAGGUAUGUGUAUGUAGAUGUUGGAGCAAGGAGUUAUGGAUCAAGUAUUGCAAGUUGGUUUAAGAAACAGUAUCCGAAACAGAAUAAGACAUUUGAAAUUUAUGCUAUUGAGGCUGAUAAGAUUUUUUAUGAUGAGUAUAAGUAUAGAAAAGGGGUUACGUUAUUGCCUUAUGCAGCGUGGGUGAAAAAUGAGAGUUUAUUUUUUGAAAUAAAUCAGGAUCCCGGUGGUCACAAGAAUUUGGUGAAGGGUAGAGGGAUGGGACGGAUUAAACCAGUUCAAUCUGCUACUAGUUCUGUUGCGGAGGUUGAUAAGAUACAGGGGUUCGACUUUGCUAAUUGGUUGAAGAGUACGGUGUCUGAGAAAGAUUUUGUUGUGAUGAAGAUGGACGUUGAAGGGACUGAAUUUGAUUUGAUUCCGAGGUUGUUUGAAACGGGGGCCAUUUGUUUGAUAGAUGAAAUCUUUCUCGAAUGCCAUUAUAAUCGGUGGCAGAGAUGCUGUCCCGGAGAGAGAUCUCCCAAGUAUGAGAAAACUUAUGGACAAUGCUUGGACCUCUUUACCUCUCUGAGAAAAAGCGGAGUUCUUGUUCAUCAAUGGUGGUAAAUGGUAAUACCGACACAGGUCUCUGUAACUUUCCUAGUUUUUGGUUCCAAAUUAUUUCAUUUUUUUUCCUCAAAGCUGAAAGCGUUUGUGUAUUUUUACCACUCCUAUAUGUAACAACUUCCUUAUAAGUGUGUAGGAAAUUGAAAAAUCAAUUGUUCAGAUUU